AGCAAAAAAGGCCUAAGCGCAGUGCUUGAUCAAUAGAUAUCUUGCCUGUGUGAGUUAUCUAUCGAUCGAACUUGGCUGCGAAAGCGAAUUGCCGUAUCUGUGUGCGCAAAUAUAUAGCAGGGCUGGUCAAGCUGUGCCUCACGCCGUCGCCGCUAUGUCAGCGCUAGAGGCAAGAGCCGCCCAGCACCGCACGAGCGCGCGCCUCGAGCUCCACCAGGAACGACGUCGAAAAGAAGCGCUGAAACGGCAGAAGGACGCAAGGAGCGACCGCUCGAACCGCUUCCGCGCGCUCGAGCCUGAGCCACAGAUAGAAGUGGAUCAACAGCUCACGAAAGCGCAAAGAAAAAAGCAACGAGCCUUCGACGAAGCGAGACAACGAGCCGAGCGCUGGUCCGGCGAGCUUUGUAGCUAUGAUUGGUUAUGUGAUAUACCGGACGAUCUAAACGGUACCAAUACAUCUGAGGGCUGGUUUUGUAUGCCUAGACCGGAGGGUCGAAGAGUCGUCCUCGUAGCCUCGAAGGGCAAGGUCGAUACCAGACAGACUUCUGGGGAUAGACUACACCAGUUCACUUGUGAUUGUUUACCCGGUGGAUCUACAAGGACAAAACAUAAACCACAAACGAUCCUCGAUUGCGUCUUCGUCGAGCACUCCUCAACAUACAUUAUUACGGAUUGCAUGUGCUGGGGCGGCUACGACCUGUACACCUGUGCCGCAGAAUUUCGAUUUUACUGGUUGCGGACGAAGCUCGCCGAGUGUCAACAGGAAGCCUGUGACGAGGACGAAUUCAAGCUGGAAGUAGCGCCGUACUUCGACUGCGACCGGCAAGGUCUCGCAAAAGCCUAUCGGGCGCCGUUACCUUACCUGCGAGAUGGACUUCUGUUCUACCACAAGCAGGGCCACUACGCGUGCGGCCACACGUCUCUUGUGUGUUUAUUCAAGGACGAGGAAUGCACGCGACGGUUCAACGCCGAUAGUAGCGGCGACCUCAUCGCCGCGUUGAAGGUUAUUGGUACGCAUGCGGCGACGGUCGACGGCGUUUCCUUUCCUAUUAUUGGCGAGUCUCUGGAAGAACCGUUGGUCGAGGGCGAGCUGGCCCGGUUCGUCGUCGUGGCUUCCAACGAUUCCGUGUGCGUCCGCGCGGAACGAAGGUGCUCGCCGAAGCGAGCGGUCGCCGACUGCGCGUCCAAAAUAGCGUUUUUCCUGCGACGGCGCGCGGGCGGCGGGCUCCGGUUCAAUGACCUGUGGGUGCGGUCGGCCGGGCCGGCAAACGAAAGCUUCAUGUUGUCUAAUUAAUGUGUCACACAAUUGAUCGAU